GGUAUUUUUCAUCAACGGCUGCCCGCUCUUCAUACGCGGGACCAAUUGGAUCGUCUCGGACGCGAUGCUGCGCCUCUCAGCGGAGCGCUACUGGGCAGAGAUGAAACUUUUCGCGUGUGGGCGGGGGCUCUCAUGGAACGGCCUGAGUUCUACAACGCCUGUGACCAGCUGGGGAUCCUGGUGUGGCAGGAGUUUUGGAUCACGGGCGACUGCAACGGCCGCGGCCUGCCCCCGUCAGACCCCUCCUGGCCGCUGGACCACCGCCUCUUCCUCUCCUGUGCGCAAGACAGCGUCCGCAUGCUGCGCAACCAUGCCAGCCUGGCGCUCUGGGUGGGCGGCAACGAGACCGUGCCCGCUGCUGACCUCAAUGACUCGCUCAAGAGCAUGCUGCGCUUUUAUAAAGCCGAAUCAGAUCAGGACCCCUCACUACUGCUGGACGGCACAAGGGCGUACAUAGAGGGCUCCCUAUGGGGCGGCUUUGCCGACAGCAAGGGAGGCUGGACGGACGGGCCUUAUGGCAUCCAGAACCCUGAAGAUUUCUUCUGCCCGGAUUACUACCCGUACGCGUUUAACCCCGAGAUCGGGUCCGUUGGGGUGCCCGAGGCGGAAAGCUUGCACGAGUUUUUUCCCGAGAGUGAUUGGAGCCCGCCGGUGUUUGGGAGGGCGUGGGAGGAGUGUGGAGGGGAGUGUGUGGAGGAGGAGAGUGAGGGGUGGAAGGUGCAUACGUACAUACCGUAUGGCAUGGUGGGAGUGGAGUCAGAUGGUGGGGGCGAGGUGGGUGGAGGAGGGGCGAGACGGCAAGCAGGCAGGCAACAGCAAGCAGGUGUGCUGCAGCAAGGAGUUGUUAUUGGAUUGGAGCAGGGGGGAGAAGGAGAGGAAGCGAGGAUGCAGGAGGCAGCAGAAGGGAGGGUGAAUUGGAAGAGGGGGUCGGUGCGAGUGAAGAACCAGAUCCUCACGUAUGGGCCCGUGGAGGGACUUGAUGACUUCUGUGCCAAAGCCCAGCUCGCCAACUACCUGCAGUACCGGUCACUGUUUGAGGCAUGGAGCGCGCGCAUGUGGGAGCGGUACACAGGGGUGCUGCUGUGGAAGGGGCAGAACCCCUGGGGGGGGCUGCGCGGGCAGCUGUACGACCACCUGCUGGCCGCCACUGGCGGGCUGUUCGGCGUGCGCUGUGCCCUGGAGCCCAUUCACGUGCAGCUGGACUUACACUCGGGCAAAGUGCAGGUGGUCAACACCACACCCCAUGCUCUCUCCUCCCUCUCUGUGGAAGCUUCCAUCCACCUUCCCAGCGGCCAUUGCCUGUGGCACGCCUCCUCCUCCCUCCCCGCCUCUUUCACGCCCCCACCUGCUCCCCACUCACUCGCCUGCCCGCCGUUUUCAUGCACAGAGACUCAGCUUCAGGUGCACCUCCCACGCCUCCCCGUCUCCCCUCCCAGCCCACCCCCCACCGUCUUCCUCCUCCUCCGCCUGCUCCACUUCCCUGACCCUACCACAUCCUCCUCCCAAAAUCUCCCAUCCUCCCCAUACCACACCGGCUCCUCGCCGCACCUCCCACCAAUGCCAUCUCUUUCCGCGGGCAGUCGUGCAACCAAUGCCCGCACAGUCCCCUCUCCUCCCUGCGUCCCCUCCGCCCUCUCCACUCCCUCCGAUCCCUCCCCUACCUCCUCGGCCUCAGCCCUCCUGCCCUUCUCCUCCUCCUCCCCCACCCCCUCCUCCCCCUCCUCUCUCGCCCCUUCCUCCGCCCCCUCCGCCCCCCCGCCCGCCUACGCCUAUCUGGGUGAUUUCCGUGCCCUGGGAGGCCCCUUCCGCCAGCACAAGCUGCGCCUCUCCCUCUCCCUCCUCCGCGUCUCCUCCGCCCCUCCCCUGGGUGAGGCAGGGAUGCAUCUACCACCCAGUGAGGCCCAUGGAGGGAGGUCUAUCUGGUGGAGGGCGUAUCUGCUGGUGAGCAAUCCUGUGAAUGGAGGCGUUUUGGAUGGAAGGCAGAGCGCAGAUCGGCAAGGAAACGGAGGAGCAGCAGUGGGGGGGCGCACUGGGACUUUGAAUGAGCCUGCUGCAGGAGUGAAUGAGGACGAGAGCGUUGCUGGAGGUGUGGCGUUCUUUGUCCGUUUCAAUGUGCGCCGGCGGGUGGACGGCAAGAGGGUGCUUCCUGCAGUGUACUCUGAGAAUUACCUCUCGCUGCUACCUGGUGAGGAGGUCACUGUACAGGUGGAGUUCGCUCAUGAGCCUUGCUCUGCAUGCGUUGAGGGAAGUCCCUCCAGUGGCUCGAGCUGUUCAGGCUGCAAAGCCCUUCUCCUAACUCAGGUUGCCAACAUGGGUAAGGAAAAGUUGCACAUCAACAUUGUCGUCAUCGGCCAUGUCGACUCCGGCAAGUCGACGACGACUGGUCAUCUCAUCUACAAGCUGGGUGGGAUUGACAAGCGUGUGAUUGAGCGUUUCGAGAAGGAAGCCGCUGAAAUGAACAAGAGGUCCUUCAAGUACGCCUGGGUGCUAGACAAGCUCAAGGCGGAGCGCGAGCGUGGUAUUACCAUCGAUAUCGCUCUGUGGAAGUUCGAGACCAACAAGUACUACUGCACGGUCAUUGACGCUCCCGGCCAUCGCGAUUUCAUCAAGAACAUGAUUACGGGAACCUCGCAGGCUCGUUACGAGGAAAUCGUGAAGGAGGUGUCGUCGUACCUGAAGAAGGUCGGCUACAACCCUGACAAGAUUCCCUUCGUGCCCAUCUCUGGUUUCGAGGGUGACAACAUGAUUGAGCGCUCUACCAACCUGGACUGGUACAAGGGCCCCACCCUGCUGGAGGCUCUGGAUCAGGUGUCCGAGCCCAAGAGGCCGUCCGACAAGCCCCUGCGUCUGCCCCUUCAGGACGUGUACAAGAUCGGCGGUAUUGGAACAGUUCCGGUCGGUCGAGUGGAGACUGGUGUGCUGAAGCCCGGUAUGGUUGUGGUGUUCGCUCCCAGCGGUCUGACCACUGAGGUUAAGUCGGUGGAGAUGCACCACGAGUCUCUGCCCGAGGCUGGCCCCGGUGACAACGUUGGCUUCAACGUGAAGAACGUGUCGGUGAAGGAGCUCAAGCGUGGCUACGUCGCGUCUGACUCGAAGAACGACCCCGCCAGGGAGGCUGCCAACUUCACCUCGCAGGUCAUCAUCAUGAACCACCCUGGCCAGAUCGGUAACGGCUACGCGCCUGUGCUGGAUUGCCACACGUCCCACAUUGCUGUGAAGUUCUCUGAGAUUAUCACCAAGGUGGACAGGCGUUCCGGCAAGGAGCUGGAGAAGGAGCCCAAGUUUGUGAAGAACGGUGAUGCUUGCUUCGUGAAGAUGGUUCCCACCAAGCCCAUGUGCGUCGAGACCUUCUCCGAGUACCCUCCUCUUGGACGCUUCGCUGUGCGUGACAUGAGGCAAACAGUGGCUGUCGGUGUCAUCAAGAGCGUUGAGAAGAAGGAUCCCUCCGGCGCAAUCCAAUCAGAGGCGAAGGUGUUCACAGUGGGCGGCAGUGGGUUGAGUCCGUGGGGAUACGGCGUGAAGAAGUGGAAGCCCAAGGGCGUCAUUCACGCCGGAGACACUCUCGUGUUCAAGUGGAGGGGCAUCCCGCAUGACGUGUGGAUCAUGAACACCAUGGACGCGUACAACAACUGUGACUUUGGGGCGGCCACUAGGAAGACUGGCAUCACAUCUGUGGGGAAGUACAAGUACAAGUCUGUUACUCUUUUACCAUGCCUCUUCUUCCCAUGUGCCGCUGUUCUGCCUCCCAUCCCAUGUGUCUCUGCUCUGCCUCCCAUCCCAUGUGUCUCUGCUCUGCCUCCCAUCCCAUGUGUCUCUGCUCUGCCUCCCAUCCCAUGUGUCUCUGCUCUGCUUCCCAUCCCAUGUGUCUCUGCCUCGCCUCCCAUCCCAUGUGUCUCUGCUCUGCCUCCCAUCUCAUGUGUCUCUGCUCUGCCUCCCAUCCCAUGUGUCUCUGCUCUGCCUCCCAUCCCAUGUGUCUCUGCUCUGCCUCCCAUCCCAUGUGUCUCUGCUCUGCCUCCCAUCCCAUGUGUCUCUGCUCUGCCUCCCAUCCCAUGUGUCUCUGCUCUGCCUUUCAUCCCAUGUGUCUCUGCUCUGCCUUUCAUCCCAUGUGUCUCUGCUCUGCCUUUCAUCCCAUGUGUCUCUGCUCUGCCUUUCAUCCCAUGUGUCUCUGCUCUGCCUUUCAUCCCAUGUGUCUCUGCUCUGCCUUUCAUCCCAUGUGUCUCUGCUCUGCCUUUCAUCCCAUGUGUCUCUGCUCUGCCUUUCAUCCCAUGUGUCUCUGCUCUGCCUUUCAUCCCAUGUGUCUCUGCUCUGCCUUUCAUCCCAUGUGUCUCUGCUCUGCCUUUCAUCCCAUGUGUCUCUGCUCUGCCUUUCAUCCCAUGUGUCUCUGCUCUGCCUUUCAUCCCAUGUGUCUCUGCUCUGCCUUUCAUCCCAUGUGUCUCUGCUCUGCCUUUCAUCCCAUGUGUCUCUGCUCUGCCUUUCAUCCCAUGUGUCUCUGCUCUGCCUUUCAUCCCAUGUGUCUCUGCUCUGCCUUUCAUCCCAUGUGUCUCUGCUCUGCCUUUCAUCCCAUGUGUCUCUGCUCUGCCUUUCAUCCCAUGUCCCUCUGCCUGCUCAUCCAUAUGUCCCUGCCCUCUGCCUGCUCAUCCAUAUGUCCCUGCCCUCUGCCUGCUCAUCCAUAUGUCCCUGCCCUCUGCCUGCUCAUCCAUAUGUCCCUGCCCUCUGCCUGCUCAUCCAUAUGUCCCUGCCCUCUGCCUGCUCAUCCAUAUGUCCCUGCCCUCUGCCUGCUCAUCCAUAUGUCCCUGCCCUCUGCCUGCUCAUCCAUAUGUCCCUGGGAAUCCAGAUAAAGGUGCCCUUUCCAAACGUGUCUGUCCCCCUCCCACCCUUGCCGCCAAGCCAGCAGAGACACGGACGUGGCAGCAGGCGGGUGUGUGCAUGCAGCAUGCAUGGAGUGUGGUGGAGCAGCUGCGUUCAGGCAGGCAGCAGGGUUCACGGGCAGCGCAACAGGCGGGCUUGCAGGCAGCAGCGUGCACGGCUGUGGUGACAGCAGCGUGCACGGCUGUGGUGACAGCAGCGUGCACGGCUGUGGUGGUGACAGCAGCGUGCACGGCUGUGGUGACAGCAGCGUGCACGGCUGUGGUGGUGACAGCAGCGUGCACGGCUGUGGUGACAGCAGCGUGCACGGCUGUGGUGACAGCAGGCGUGGGCUUGCCAUUAAAGCACCCACUCAUCCAUACCUGCACGCCUUACCCCUCUCACACCCCUCUCACACCCCUCUCACACCCCUCUCACACCCCUCUCACACCCCUCUCACACCCCUCUCACACCCCUCUCACACCCCUCUCACACCCCUCUCACACCCCUCUCACACCCCUCUCACACCCCUCUCACACCCCUCUCACACCCCUCUCACACCCCCUCACACCCCUCUCACACCCCCUCACACCCCCUCACACCCCGCUAAACGCCCUUCGCAGUGAGCCCCGUAACCCCGUUCAAGUCUCCCCACGUCCCCUUGCUCAUGCUGUUGCGAGCAUCAUGGCCUCACUCACGAGAAUAAUGCCUAAGCACGCCGCAUUGCUCAACCUCUGUGCAAACUCGCCCAUGAGUUCUUACUCAUCCCCCAACCGUGCCUCAUCCCCCAACCGUGCCUCAUCCCCCAGCCGUGCCUCAUCCCCCAACCAUGCCUCAUUCCCCAACCGUGCCUCAUUCCCCAACCGUGCCUCAUUCCCCAACCGUGCCUCAUUCCCCAGCCAUGCCCCAUCCCUCGUGCCCACGAUCCAAAACUCAACAGCACCCCCCUCGGCACCAUCACCACCUCCUCCAAAGGACACGUGUGCACUGCUGCAGGCCAACCCAUGCCUGCCCGGCGCCUGUGUGAGCAACUCCUCAGCUGCCCCUGGCUACACCUGCCGCUGCCCCACUGGCUAUGACCAGGCCAUGCUUGCGGGCAAACCGACGUGCCUGGAUCUAAACUCAACAGCACCCCCCUCGGAAGCACCCGCCUCGGAAGCACCCGCCUCGGAAGCACCCCCCUCGGAAGCACCCCCCUCGGAAGCACCCCCCUCGGAACCAGCACCCCCCUCGGCACCACCAACCCCCCCGUCACCGUCACCACCUCCAAAGGACGCGUGUGCACUGCUGCAGGCCAACCCAUGCCUGCCCGGCGCCUGUGUGAGCAACUCCUCAGCUGCCCCCGGCUACACCUGCCGCUGCCCCACUGGCUUUGAGCAGACCACGAGUGCGGGCGCUCCGACGUGCCUGGGUACGCGUUGUAAGGGAAGGAGGGGGGGGCGGGGUGUAGAUGCAUGUGGGGUGGGUCUGCACGCUGCAUGCUGGGCAUGGUGGGAUGGCGUGCAUGUGGGAUGUCAGCUACGCAUGGUGGGAUGGUAG